CCCCGACGGAGGCCUCCUCCCCCGCCCCGCCCCCUGGCCGGGCCUCGACUUCUCCCGGCGCGGGACGAUGAGGCUCAUGAGGACCCGCGGAGCGGCGCAGCUGCGGUUACCGGCUUAGGGGUAGAGCCGGGCGAGCCGCCGCAGUUAAAAAUGGCAGAAACAACCACUUCUCCACUGAAGCACUUUGUGUUGGCUAAAAAGACUAUUACUGCCAUCUUUGACCAGUUACUGGAGUAUGUGACCGAGGGCACAAAUUUUGUUGAAGCAACAUAUAAGAAUCCAGAACUUGAACGGAUAGCCACUGAGGAUGAUCUGGCAGAAAUACAGAGUUAUAAAAAUAAAUUAUCAGUCAUUGGUGAGGUGCUGUCUCGGAGACACAUGAAAGUGGCAUUUUUUGGCAGGACAAGUAGUGGCAAGAGCUCUGUCAUCAAUGCGAUGUUAUGGGACAAGGUUCUUCCCAGUGGCAUUGGCCACACAACAAACUGCUUCCUGAGCGUAGAAGGAACAGAUGGAGAUAAAGCCUAUCUGAUGACUGAAGGAUCCGAUGAGAAGAAAAGUGUCAAGACUGUGAACCAACUGGCCCAUGCUCUUCAUAUGGACAAAGACCUGAAAGCUGGCUGUCUUGUACAUGUAUUUUGGCCUAAGGCAAAAUGUGCACUAUUGAGAGAUGACUUGGUUUUAGUAGACAGUCCAGGCACAGAUGUCACUACAGAGCUGGACAGCUGGAUUGAUAAAUUUUGCUUAGAUGCCGAUGUCUUCGUUUUGGUAGCAAAUUCAGAAUCAACGUUGAUGAACACGGAAAAACACUUUUUUCACAAGGUAAAUGAGCGACUUUCCAAGCCUAAUAUCUUUAUCCUGAAUAACCGUUGGGAUGCCUCUGCCUCAGAACCAGAAUAUAUGGAAGAUGUACGUCGGCAGCACAUGGAGCGCUGCCUGAAUUUCUUGGUGGAGGAGCUCAAAGUCGUGGAUCCCUCUGAGGCACAGAAUCGCAUCUUCUUUGUUUCAGCAAAGGAAGUUCUCAGUGCACGAAAACAAAAGGCCCAAGGGAUGCCCGAGGGAGGUGGGGCACUUGCUGAAGGAUUUCAGACAAGAUUCCAGGAGUUUCAGAACUUUGAACAAAUCUUUGAGGAGUGUAUCUCGCAGUCAGCAGUGAAAACAAAGUUUGAACAGCACACUAUCAGAGCUAAACAGAUAAUAGAUACUGUGAAAAACAUAAUGGAUGCAAUAAACGUGGCAGCCGCAGAAAAAAGGAUUUAUUCCUUGGAGGAGAGGGAGGACCAGACUGACAGAUUGGACUUUAUUAGAAACCAGAUGAACCUUUUAACACAAGAAGUUAAGAAAAAAAUCAAAGAGGUUACUGCAGAGGUAGAGAACAAGGUUUCAUGUGCUAUGACAGAUGAAAUUUGUCGUCUUUCCCUUUUGGUUGAUGAGUUUUGUUCCGACUUCCAUCCUUCUCCAAGUGUGCUCAAAGUGUACAAAACUGAACUAAACAAGCACAUAGAAGAUGGUAUGGGAAGAAAUUUGGCUGAUCGCUGUUCCACUGAAGUCAAUGCCUCAAUGCACCAAUCGCAGCAGGAAAUGAUUGAAAAUUUGAAGCCAUUGCUUCCUGCUGGUAUACAGAAUAAGCUCCACGUAUUAAUCCCUUGUAAGAAAUUUGAUCUCAGCUAUGACCUGAACUGUCACAAGUUGUGUUCUGACUUUCAAGAAGAUAUUGUAUUUCGUUUUUCCUUGGGGUGGUCAUCCCUGGUUAGCCGGUUCUUGGGGCCUACAAAUGCCCAGAGGGUUCUCUUAGGAUUUUCAGAGCCCAUCCUACAGGUGCCUCGAUCUAUUGCUUCUACUCCCUCUGCUCCUCCUAAUUCUGCAACGCCAGAUCUUGUGUCUCAGGAAGAACUGAUGGUGACCCUAGUAACAGGCUUAGCUUCUUUAACAUCAAGGACUUCUAUGGGCAUCAUUGUCGUUGGAGGAGUGAUUUGGAAAACAGUGGGAUGGAAACUUAUAACGGUUUCCCUAAGUAUGUACGGAGCUUUGUAUCUUUAUGAACGGCUGACUUGGACCACUAGAGCGAAGGAGAAAGCCUUCAAGCAGCAGUUUGUAAACUAUGCAACUGAAAAACUGCAGAUGAUCGUUAGCUUCACGAGUGCUAACUGCAGCCAUCAAGUACAGCAGGAAAUGGCCACGACUUUUGCUCGUCUGUGUCAGCAAGUUGAUGUUACCCAGAAACAGCUGGAAGAAGAAAUUUCUAGGCUGUCCAAAGAAAUAGACCAGUUGGAGAAAAUACAAAAUAAUUCAAAACUUUUAAGAAAUAAAGCAAUUCGACUUGAAAAUGACCUGGAGAAUUUUACAAGGCAGUUUCUCCAUCCAAGCAAAUAGAAGAAUCUCAGUGGAUGGCUCUGGUGGCACCAGAGGAGAAGCAGGACUUUGACUCAUGUUGAUUUACAUGAAAAAUGACUAAAUAUGAAUUAUAUUGACUAUGCUUGUUGAAAAUUGCAAAUCCGGGUUUAGAUUCUGGCAGCGAACUAUCUCAAGGUUUUUGCAUUUCUUAACAAUGGUUACAUGGUAUGUUUGUAUCCUUAGUUGUAAUGGGGGGAGGGGGUGUAAAGAAAUAAUGAAUUUGUGAAAGGAAGUACAACUAAUUGUGAGACCUGUGGCUGGGGAAUGGGCUCCUGAGCUCCUAGAAAGGGUUUUUUUUUUUAUUCUGAAAAACCUUGCUUCCUGGCAUCCAGGAAUCAGAAAGGCCAUUGCAGCCCCAUUUUUUCCAGAAUAUCUUUGUCAGUAUCCUCUUAUUGAGAAUAACCAAUCUUUUUAUUUUUUUAAAUACUCAUUUAUCUAUUAGCCAAGAAGAGGAGGAUUUCUUAGUGUUAUUAUUUUUGCAAAUUACAAAUCAUUUUUGUUAACACAUUCAUAAAUUUUUCAUUGUUGCCCAUUACAACCACCUGGUCACAUCACAGGCCUUGUCAUCAAAUUGUCAUUCACUUAAAACAGGAUUUGUGGGUAGUAGGCUAUUUAUUACCUACCUUGGGAAAGGAACACUAUCUAUGAAACACCUGAAAUGAAAUUGGAAAUGUCAGAUUGAUAAAAAUGGCUCAGCCAUAUAGAGCAGUUAGAAUCCAGUGUGUCAGGGAUCUCUACAGGAAUACUUUCAUGUACAAAAACAAGAAGGGAGUGCUUGCCUGUAUGGACUUGGGUUUCAUGUGGAACGUUGGCUAAGUAGGGUUGCUCAAUGUCCUUUUCUUUUGACCCCAUGUGGGUGUGCCAUCUCGGACAUAAGUUGGAGUGGUUUGUGUUUCAUCUUACCAAGCUUUUCAUGUGCUUGAGUAUAUGGUAAAUCACCCUGUUUGCUUUUAUAUCCAAAACGGGGUUGACAGUUAAUAUAGGAAUGAAGAAAAUUCUGUUGCUCUUGGGGGAAAAUGUAUUGGCCAGGUUUGACAUUUUACUGGGGAAAGAACAGAAUUUCAGACUCUCUUAUUUUAGGUACCAGAGCUGAGCUCUUUCCCUGGGCUGCCCAAGCAGUUUUCUGUUGAGAACAUUUUACUGUAAAUAGGAAUUCUGGGGGGUUAUUCAUUCACUGCUUCCCUUUUUGUGCCUUUAAGGCUUCUGAAUGCUAUUUAUUAUUAGACCUUCUCUGGGCAGGUGUGCCUGUAUUUUUAAAAAAUAAAUAGCAUUGUUUUUGGCCAUUAAAAGCCUUUCAAAUUAUUUAUAUAUUUUUAUGCAAAUUAAACAUUUAACAGGAUAAAAUAUUCAGGUCCAGAAUUGAAUGAAAAAUUACUAAGUUGUACAGACUGCUGAUAACUCUCACAGGGCCCAACUGAAGAAUGGGAAAAGUGGCCACACUGGGUCGUCUUAGGCCACAAGCUGGUCUCCAGUAGGAGCCAGCUCCCUGUAUGCAUGUGGACAAUGCAGUGGCUUGGUUGCAUCAGUCUGAUCAGUAGUCACCAAUUUCCUUCAGUAUUUUGAAAUAAAGAAUUGCCACCUGAUUGAUUGGCUAUCUGUUAUAUGCAUAUUGGAAAUAAAGGAAAGAUGGCUUAAGAAACCAAAACCAACCCCCUUGUCCCUCUCCCCCCUCCUAAAGCGCCCCCACCCAAGCCUAUGACUUGCACAGAAAUUAUGUGAUUUUAGUACUAAUGUGGUUCGGACUUUUGCAAGAUACUUGAUGUUUAUUUUCUAUGUGUGUUUGCAAGAUGAUUUAUAAACUUUGUAUAAUCCUAAACUUUUUACAAACAUAGUUAUUUUAUAGCUGUUCAAACUUCCAAGGGAAAAAUAAAAGCUAUACCCAUUGUUUGCCUGAU